AUGGGCUCCUUUAAACCAGGAGGCAGAGUGAUCCUGGCCACAGAGAAUGAUUACUGUAAGCUCUGCGAUGCCUCCUUUAGUUCUCCAGCUGUGGCUCAGGCUCACUAUCAAGGGAAGAAUCAUGCCAAGAGGCUGCGGCUGGCGGAAGCUCAGAGUAACUCAUUCUCGGAAUCCUCAGAGGUGGGUCAACGACGGGCCCGGAAAGACGGGAAUGAAUUUAAGAUGAUGCCUAAUAGAAGAAAUAUGUAUACAGUUCAAAAUAAUUCAGGUCCUUACUUCAAUCCCCGCUCUCGGCAGAGAAUUCCACGUGAUCUAGCCAUGUGUGUUACUCCAAGUGGCCAGUUUUACUGCUCAAUGUGUAAUGUUGGGGCUGGCGAAGAGGUGGAAUUCCGGCAGCAUUUAGAGAGCAAGCAACAUAAAAGCAAGGUGUCUGAACAGCGGUAUAGGAAUGAGAUGGAGAAUCUGGGAUAUGUAUAGUGAUUGUUGUAUUCAGAUAGAGCAGCUUGUCCUGCCUGUUGUUUGCCUUCUGUCAACUUGCCCUGCUUUGUGGUCCUUUUGAUAUGAGUAUGUUCUUCUGCUUAACGUUAAUACCUGUAACCAACCUGCAGUGGUACCGUGAGAUGUCAAAACUGGGGGUGGGCUGGGAGUGGGGGAGAACGUGCUUCUUAGGUCAUAAUGCUUUUUCAGGUCAGUUGUGUUGAGCUACUUAUAGCAUGUGAUCUACCUACCCCAUCAGAAACAACUUUUUAUCUUGGCCAAGUUCGCCAGCUAGUAGCCUGACCACUUACAGCUAUGACUAUUUAAAAAUGUCAUCUUCUUUGCAAUUUUAGUUUUAUGUACUGAUAAAGAAUUGUAUUAAGUUCUUACUUGAAAUCACAGUAAAAAUAGGUAAGCAGAGAUUUCGGUUUCCCAAGGCUUCAUUGGAACCACCACCUCAAUGCAUUGUCAGUGGGAUAUGCUAUUAGAAACUGCAUUAGAGUCAUUCCCAGGACCUUUUUUCCUUGGAUUGUUUUCCUCCAUCAUUGAAAUGCAGGUUUUCUUGAAUUCAGACACUUCCAAUGUGCUUGUGUAUUUAAUAGCAGCUAAAUUUCAUUUCCAGUUGUAGAUUUCAUACAUUUAGUUGAUACCUCCUUUCCUCUUCUUUUAUUCCCGCCACCCCCGCCCCAGUUGAAUCAGCUUCUGUGACAGGCUCAUUUUUAUACCCCAGCUGUGCUAUGGGUGUUCCAAGUCCCACAUUUGAAUAUCUAAUGAGUUUAAGAUGGAUAUGAUUAAAAGAAUUUUUUUUCACCUCAACUUAGGAAACGUAAAGAUGU